AUGAAUGCAGCACCAUUUGCUUUCUUCGAUCUAGACGCCGCUUUUGCUGCCGCCUUUGUCUUGAUCAUGCGCGGUUUCGCCCACAAGAACGAUAGUCAAAAACCACCGCCACAGGAAUUGUUUCAAGCCAUUGAGUUUAUGGAGUACUUGUCUCAAGCAGGCAACAAUGCAGCGGCGCAGCGCCUCAAGGACGUACGGCAGUUCUCAGCCCAUGUGUGGGCCGAUGUAGUAGCCUUUGAUAAGGACCAUGACGUACAAAUGGGAGAAUCCGGGGAAGCACAUGGGGUGCCCCACAUGGGGAACACUCCUGGAUCUGUAUUACUGGAGCAGUCGGGGCAGUCUUCAACGUCCCAGAUGCCUCUGACCACACCGACGCCGAGUUCUUCAGUGCCAUCAUGGGAGGGUGAGAUGUUUGGAGGACCUGGUGCGGAUACCUAUGGUUCGGAUACGCUGUUUGGUUUGAAUCUGGAUGAAAACCUUGAGCAGGCCUUCGGGUUGGAAGCUGCUGAGGGCAUCUACAACAGUUUCAAUGAUCCUACACUACCUCUUACAGGAGUUGACCAGCUUGAUUGGGCUGAGUUAGAGAAGAUGAUGGCACCAGGCGGUUACGGGUCAUAG